AUGACAUGGACUUUAAGAAACUUACAUAAUUCACAGAAAAAGGUCUUGGUCGAUAUUACAAUUUGGUUAGCACUUUCUCCAUACGGUGACAUGGCGUUAUUUACAAGUUUUGAGAAUAUAAUCGGCGAAUAUUAUAGGUACUCUAUACUACCGUUACAUCAAAACUUACACAAGUUACUAUUCACUCUUUUUCUAAUAUGCCUCGCUAGUUGGAAAGAGGGAAACAGAUCUUGCAGAUAUAAAUGGCAGAAAUUUGUGUGCAACAAGCUAAAUUCUCCUGAAACAAAUUUCGUACCCAUUCGCACCUCAGUGAAUAAGAACUCUAAAAUGAUUGUUGAAAAGCAGAUAAGCAUUCAUAUUUCUUUAAAGUGUAUUGUUUACAAAGAAUACUAA